AUGGCCAACACACCUCAUGGAGGAGUCCUCAAGGACUUACUUGCUCGAGAUGCCCCUCGCCAUGCCGAGCUAUCUGCUGAGGCUGAGAAGCUCAAGGCCAUCGUCCUCAAUGAACGCCAGUUGUGUGAUCUGGAACUCAUCCUCAAUGGAGGUUUCUCCCCUUUGGAGGGCUUCAUGAACGAGAAGGACUAUAACGGUGUGGUCGAGAAUGUCAGACUGGCAGAUGGUGCCCUCUUCAGUAUUCCCAUCACCCUCGAUGCAGCUCAGAAAGACAUCGAGAGACUCGGUGUCAAGCCUGGUGCUCGCAUCACCCUGCGAGACUUCCGAGACGAUCGAAACCUCGCCAUCCUGACCGUCCAAGAUGUCUACCGACCCGACAAACAAAAGGAGGCCAAGGAGGUUUUUGGAGGAGACCCAGAACACCCAGCCAUCGUAUACCUGAACAAUUCAACAAAGGACUUCUACAUUGGAGGCAAGAUCGAGGCUGUCAACCGCCUAAACCACUACGACUAUGUCGGUCUCAGAUACACUCCGGCAGAGCUGCGAACACACUUUGACAAACUCGGUUGGACCCGUGUGGUUGCUUUCCAGACCAGAAAUCCUAUGCACAGAGCCCACCGAGAGUUGACCGUCCGAGGUGCCCGUGCUCGACAAGCCAAUGUCCUCAUUCACCCCGUCGUCGGCCUGACCAAGCCCGGCGACAUCGAUCACUUCACUCGAGUCCGCGUCUACCAGGCCAUUCUACCAAGAUACCCCAACGGCAUGGCCGUCCUCGGUCUUCUCGGCCUUGCCAUGCGAAUGGGUGGUCCCCGUGAAGCCAUCUGGCACUCCAUCAUCCGCAAGAACCAUGGUGCCACCCAUUUCAUCAUCGGACGCGACCACGCCGGUCCCGGCAAGAACAGCAAGGGUGUCGAUUUCUACGGCCCCUACGACGCACAGCAUGCCGUGGAGAAGUACAAGGAUGAACUGGGCAUCGAAGUCGUCGAGUUCCAGAUGAUGACCUACCUCCCUGACAGCGAUGAGUACAAGCCCAAAGACGAAGUUCCAGCUGGCGUCAAGACCCUCGACAUCUCUGGCACAGAGCUGCGACGACGCCUACGCGUCGGUGCUCCAAUCCCCGAAUGGUUCUCAUAUCCGGAAGUCGUCCAAGUCCUCCGUGAAUCCAACCCUCCCCGAGCAACCCAAGGCUUCACCAUCUUCCUUACAGGCUUUACCAACUCGGGCAAAGACGCCGUAGCACGUGCCCUUCAAACGACAUUUAACGAGCAGGGCGGUCGACCCGUGUCCCUGCUCCUCGGCGAAAAUGUCCGCCACGAACUCUCCUCCGAACUUGGCUUCACCCGCGAAGACCGCGACAUUAACAUUGCACGCAUUGCCUUCGUUGCCGCCGAGCUGACAAAGGCCGGUGCCGCCGUCAUCGCCGCCCCGAUCGCCCCCUUCGACGAAGCCCGCAAAGACGCCCGUAAGACGAUCGAGCAGUACGGCAGCUUUUUCCUUGUCCACGUCGCCACGAGCCUCGAGUACGCUGAGAAGACGGAUCGUCGAGGCGUCUAUGCCCGUGCACGAAGAGGUUCCGUCAAGAACUUCACCGGUGUCAAUGAUCCUUAUGAGGCCCCGGAUGAUGCGGAUUUGACGGUGGAUGUCGAGAAGCAGUCCGUCAGAAGUAUUGUGCAUCAGAUCGUGCUGAUGUUGGAGAGUCAGGGUUUCCUUGGCACCUCCUGA